AUGUCCUUACUGAAAGGCCUUGAAUCUGCCCAGCAACUGAUGACACUGCCCUGUCCCCCGCCACCUGAGGGGGGGGCUCGCAGCAGGGGGAAGGCUCUGAAGGCGGAGACCAGGUCAGGGAUGGAGGAGACGGAGUCGCUGCUCAGAUCCCUGCAGGACCGAGUCCAACACGUCCAACACAGGAGAGACAGAGUCACAGCGCUGCUGCAGCUGCUGCACAUCAAGCGGCAGCAUCAGGAUCAGCUCGUUGUGUCACUGCUGAAGGCUCAGAAUGCUUUGCAGUCAUGUGACCGCCAGCUGGCACAGCUGAGGGCGGAGUCAGAGGCGGUGCUCCAUCAGCUGGUGUUAUGGCGGUGCCUCAGAGACCGGCUGCAGGAACACGCCACCGCCACACAGGCAGUGAUGCAGAUCCAGCUCAUCUCUGUCGACCAAUCAGAGCUGCUGCUGGAGAUCAGGCCACGCCUCCUUUCCCAGCCAUCAGCCAAUGAGCUGCAGCCCCCGAGGCUGGCGGUCAGCUGGCGCCAUGACGACAGAUUCACCCUGCAGGCUGGGGAGGAGUUAGCCGGGCAGGUGGAGGGCUGCGGGUCCGGACGUUGCGACGUGCUGAGCGCCGCCCUGCUGGACGUCCUGCAGAGCUACACGGGCCAGGCGGCGCUGCUGGCCGAGAUCCACAGCCUCAGGGCCAGCUUUGCCAUCGACUGGCGCCCGGCGCAGCGCCUGCUAGUCUACCUGAAGUCGGCGGUGCUGGUUUGCCAUCUGCAGGUGGAGGACGGCUACCCGGCAGCCGGGUCGGCCCGGCUCAGCUUGGUGCUGCGGGACGGACGGCCGGUGGACACGGAGGGACUGAAGCCUCAUAAAGCUGAACUCUCUCUGACCGACUGGCUGGUUUUCCUCUGCAGCAGUCCGCUCAUCUGAAGGAGGGACAAGCUGUCCUCCACACUGUCCUCCAGUCUGUCUCAGUCUGUCCUCCAUUCUGUCUGUCCUCCACACUGUCCUCCAGUCUGUCUCAGUCUGUCCUCCAUUCUGUCUGUCCUCCACACUGUCCUCCAGACUGUCUCAGUCUGUCCUCCAGUCUCUCAGUUUUUUCUCCCUUUUCUCUUUUCUUCUUUGUGUUACUUUGAUAUAAAAUAAUAAAAUAAGUUCUAUAACCACAGUAACUGAUUAAAUUUCCACACAUGAAAAUA